AUGACUACUUCUCCUGUUCAUAACGUUGUUCAUGAAGCUAAUGGAGUUACUCCAAGACCAACUCCAAAAGAUUUCUAUGAAAAACAACCAAAUGCUCCAUUUGUUAAAGAUUUAGAUCAUUAUCAUGAAUUAUAUCAAAAAUCUAUUACUGAUCCAGUAGGUUUCUUUGGUCCUUUAGCUAAAGAACUUUUAUCAUGGGAUAGAGAUUUUCAUACUGUUAAAUCAGGUUCUUUAGAUCAUGGUGAUGCUGCUUGGUUUUUAGGUGGGGAAUUAAAUGCUUCUUUCAAUUGUAUUGAUAGACAUGCUAUAACUAAACCAAAUGAAAAGGCUAUUAUUUAUGAAGCUGAUGAAGAAAAAGAUUCUUAUAUUUUAACUUGGGCUGAAUUAUUAAGAGAAGUUUCUCAAGUUGCUGGUGUUUUAAACAGUUGGGGUAUUAAAAAAGGUGAUACAGUGGCUGUUUAUUUACCAAUGACUCCUCAAGCUGUUAUUGCUAUGUUAGCUAUUACAAGAAUUGGUGCUAUCCAUUCUGUUAUUUUUGCUGGUUUCUCAUCUGGUUCUAUUAAAGAUAGAGUUAAUGAUGCUAAAUGUAAAGCUCUUAUUACUUGUGAUGAAGGUAAACGUGGUGGUAAAGUUAUUAACAUUAAGAAAUUAUGUGAUGAAGCUUUAGUCCAUUGUCCAUCUGUUGAAAAAGUUUUAGUUUAUAAGAGAACUGGUAAUGAAAAUAUUGAAUUAGCUAAAGAUAGAGAUUUUUACUGGGAUGAAGAAGCUGCCAAAUUCGCUGGUUAUUUCCCACCAGUUCCAGUUAACUCUGAAGAUCCACUUUUCUUAUUAUAUACUUCUGGUUCUACUGGUACUCCAAAGGGUGUUGUUCACACUACUGCUGGUUACCUUUUCGGUGCUGCUUUAACCACCAAAUAUAUUUUUGAUAUUCAUCCACAAGAUAUUUUAUUUACUGCUGGUGAUGUCGGUUGGAUUACUGGUCAUACUUAUGCCUUAUAUGGUCCUUUAUUAUUAGGGGUUCCAACCAUUGUUUUUGAAGGUACUCCAGCUUAUCCAGAUUAUGGUAGAUUCUGGCAAAUUGUUGAAAAACAUAAAGCUACUCAUUUCUAUGUAGCUCCAACUGCAUUAAGAUUAUUAAGAAAAUCUGGUGAACAAGAAAUUCCAAAAUAUGAUUUAUCAUCUUUAAGAACUUUAGGUUCUGUUGGUGAACCAAUUUCUCCUGAUAUUUGGGAAUGGUAUAAUGAAAAAGUUGGUCAAGGUAGAUGUCACAUUUCUGAUACUUAUUGGCAAACUGAAUCUGGUUCUCAUUUUAUUGCUCCAAUUGCUGGUGUUACUCCAAAUAAACCAGGUUCUGCUUCUUUACCAUUCUUUGGUAUUAAAACUUGUCUUAUAGAUCCUGUUAGUGGAGUUGAACUUGAAGGUAAUGAUGUUGAAGGUGUUUUAGCUAUUAAAGAUACAUGGCCAUCAAUGGCAAGAUCUGUUUGGAACAAUCAUACCAAAUAUUUGGAUACUUAUUUAAAACCUUAUCCAGGUUAUUAUUUCACUGGUGAUGGAGCUGCCAGAGAUCAUGAUGGUUAUUAUUGGAUCAGAGGUAGAGUUGAUGAUGUUGUCAAUGUUUCUGGUCAUAGAUUAUCUACUGCCGAAAUUGAAGCUGCUUUAAUUGAACAUAAAGGUGUUUCUGAAGCUGCUGUUGUUGGUAUUCAUGAUGACUUGACCGGUCAAGCUGUCGUUGCCUUUGU